UGAAGAUAAAAAAGAUAAAGAUAAUAUAUCAGUUUACUUUGUUCUUAAAGGUAUUCUUUUACUGAAAAUUAACUCAGGUGAUAUUCAUUUACAACUUCUAAUAACUUGGAGAUAAAAUAAGGAACGCUUUUGUGGCUUAAAAGGGUAUGGAUACACACCAGAUUUAAAAUUUGGAAUGAAAUGGCAAAUAUUAUGUGCAAUAGUAAGAAAGGACACCUGGUGGCGCUGCAGGCUAAGAGUGUGAAUAAUGGGCUCUGGAUGCCCAAGAACGCAUUUGAGCUGGUAAUCACUCUGAAAGCUCCCUACAACAAUGAGGCGUUUUAGGUGAGCUCCAGGAGACAAAUCUUCAGAAAGGUCUUCAUUCCAAGAUCAUAAAAACAGAAACAUUUGACCAAAUCGUCUGAGUGGAUUGCAUACAGAGUAAAAGGAACUUCACCUUCUGGACCCGUCUGAACAAUGGAGGCAGAGCUAGAUAAAACGCCAAGGAAAAGGCAAGUCUUUUUUCUUGCUAUGCUGUUGUUUUUGUGGGAGGCUGACUCUGAGGCAAUUAGAUAUUCCAUGCCAGAAGAAACAGAAAGCGGCUACUCUGUGGCCAACCUGGAAAAAGAUCUGGGGCUCAGGGUGGGAGAGCUGGCCACUCGGGGUGCGCGAAUCCAUCACAAAGGCAGCAAACAGCUCUUGCAGCUUGAUGUAAAAACCGGCAAUUUGCUUCUACAGGAAAAACUAGACCGGGAGGUGUUGUGUGGGGCUACAGAACCCUGCAUAUUGCAUUUCAAACUGUUACUAGAAAACCCAGUGCAGUUGUUUAAAGUUGAUGUGCAACUGACAGAUAUAAAUGACCAUUCUCCAGAGUUCCUAGACAGGGAAAUGAUCCUUAGAAUCCCAGAGAGUGCACAGCAAGGGACGAUGUUUCCUUUGAAAUCAGCUCACGAUUUUGAUAUAGGUAGCAACAGUGUUCAGAACUACACAAUCAGCCCCAACUCCUAUUUUCAUGUUGCUACUCACAAUCGCGGAGAUGGCAGAAAAUACCCAGAACUGCUGUUGGACACAGCCCUGGACCGGGAGGAAGAGUCUGAACUCAGUUUAACCCUUACAGCGCUGGAUGGUGGGGCUCCACCCAGGUCUGGGACCAUCACAGUUCGCAUUGAGGUGGUGGACAUCAAUGAUAAUGCCCCCGAAUUUUUACAGUCUUUGUAUAAGGUACAAGUUCCUGAGACCAGUCCCAUAAACUCGUUAGUUCUCAUUGUCUCUGCUCGAGAUUUAGAUGCAGGAACACACGGGAGUGUAGCCUAUUCUUUAUUUCAAGGUGAUGAAGUUUUUCAACCAUUUGUAAUACAUGAAAAAUCAGGAGAAAUUCGUCUCCAAAGGGCAUUGGAUUUUGAAGCAACCCAACAUUAUAUUGUAGAAAUUGCAGCCACAGAUGGUGGAGGCCUUGUGGGAAAAUGCACAGUGGCCAUAGAAGUGGUGGAUGUGAAUGACAAUGCUCCUGAACUAACCAUGUCCACACUCAGCAGCUCUAUCCCAGAAAACUCCCCAGAGACUGUAGUUGCCAUUUUCAGUGUUUCUGAUCCAGACUCUGGGGACAAUGGUAGGAUGGUUUGCUCCAUAGAAAACGAUCUCCCCUUCCUCUUGAAGCCAACAUUUGAGAACUUUUACACCUUGGUGACAGAGAGGCCACUGGACAGAGAAAGCAGAGCAGAGUACAACAUCACCAUCACAGUCAUUGACCUGGGGACACCCAGUUUGAAAACCGAGCACAGCAUAAACCUCCUCAUCUCAGAUGUUAAUGACAAUGCCCCUGCUUUCACACAAAUGUCCUACAGGCUGUUGGUGCAUGAGAACAACCAGCCAGCUCUGCACAUAGGCAGUGUCAGGGCCACAGAUAGAGACUCAGGCACCAAUGCCCAGAUCACUUACUCGCUGCUGCCCACCGAGGAUCCACACCUGCCCCUCGCCUCGCUGGUCUCCAUCAACGCAGACAAUGGGCAGCUGUUCGCGCUGAGGGCGCUGGACUUCGAGGCCCUGCAGGCGUUCCAGUUCCAUGUGGGCGCCACAGACCAAGGUUCACCUGCGCUCAGCAGCCAGGCGCUGGUGCGAGUGGUGGUGCUGGAUGACAAUGACAACUCGCCCUUCGUGCUGUACCCAAUGCAGAAUGCCUCUGCGCCCUGCACUGAGCUGGUGCCCAGGGCAGCAGAGCAGGGCUACCUGGUCACCAAGGUGGUGGCGGUGGAUGGAGACUCAGGCCAGAACGCCUGGCUGUCAUACCAGCUGCUCAAGGCCACGGAGCCAGGGCUGUUUGGCGUGUGGGCGCACAAUGGCGAGGUGCGCACCGCCAGGCUGCUGAGCGAGCGCGACGCGGCCAGGCACAGGCUGGUGGUGCUGGUCAAGGACAAUGGCGAGCCUCAGCUGUCUGCCAGCGUCACGCUGCACGUGCUGCUGGUGGAUGGCUUCUCCCAGCCCUACCUGCCGCUCCCGGAAGUGGCGCCCGAGCGCGAGCAGGGGGACUCGCUCACUGUCUAUUUGGUCAUCGCCUUGGCCUCUGUGUCGUCGCUCUUCCUCUUUUCUGUGUUGGUGUUUGUGGUGGUGAGGCUGUGCAGGAGGCGCAGGGCGGUGCCGCUGGGUGUCUGCUCUGUGCCUGAGGGCCACUUUCCCAGCCACCUGGUGGACGUCAGUGGCACUGGGACACUGUCUCAGAGCUACCAGUAUGAGGUGUGUCUGGGUGGAAACUCUGGGACUGGUGAGUUCAAAUUCCUGAAGCCCAUAUUCCCUAACCUUUUGGUUCAGGAUGCUGGGAGAGAAGUUAAGGAAAAUUCCAGCUGCAGAAAUAGCUUUGUAUUCAACUAAUUGUUGUAUUUCAUUCUCACUAUUUUGACAACUUUCUAUUGCAAUUUAUUUCUUUAGGAAUUCUAGUGCUGUUAAAGUAUUCUAACCACUAUUCCAAACCUAUGUAUAUUCCUGGUAGCUCUAAGUUUGUUCUUGUUAUUGGUAUUAGCAUUUUUAGGCAUAUGAAGUAUGUAUUUUCCUCAUAAUUGAUCUAAUCUUAAUGGUUAGUUUUCCCCAAUUGUAAAUUUAGCAAGUAGUCAAAAACUUCUUAUUUUAAUGAACUUAAUAAAUUUCAUAAACUAUUUAAA